GAUGAUCAUAGUGAUACAUCAAAUUUCGCAAAAAUGGUAAACUUAAAAUUUGACAUUUGUGUUGUAAUUCAUAAUUUAUUUGUGGCUUUUGUUAAUAAAAGCAUAAAAAGUUGUUGUUAAAAUUAAAUUGUCAGAUAUUUCUCCUGUGCUAGCUACCAAAAACUGCCGGUAUGUCAUCUAAGUGAUGUUAUCGAACACUGUGUCGUACAAAUUAAAAGCUUCAAGGAGCUUAAAGGAUAUUCAAGAUUAUUCGAAUCAGCAAGGAGUAGACGGUAAUGAAAACGAAAACUUAGCCGAGGAUGCGUCCGGCGAUUCUGGUCGUCGUCCUAUAAUUUUUAGUUCGAGGGACGGACGAUACAAGAACCCCAAAGUUCGUCAUACAGACUUUAAACCGUCGAGGGGGGCACCGAUAGAACGCAGAGGAUAUAAAAGCAGGGGAGGCCUGUCUUCCAGACGCGAUCGUGAGUAUUCUGAGAGCGCUACUGGUGGCAUAUUUACCGGCUCUCGCAAAUAUUAUAGUUCUUUAAACCGUAGUGCAGAUAUAGAUGCACAACGUUCGAAAUUUUACGAAUCAGAUAAGAAAAAUGAGAUAAAAUUUAAUUUGCCUGAGGAUACACGAAUAUCUAAAUUAUUACGACGUCUAAGUACUGAAAAUGAUCAAGAAAACUCAUUGGUAAUUUCAAAGAAAUUAUUGGAAGUGUUAUUAAUACCUGAUAAUGCUACUUAUGUUCGUAAGGCAUUUCAUAUAUUAGGAGAUUCAAUGUUAGACAUUUUAUAUGUGGCGCCGGGUUCUUUAGCCAAGCAACAAGCAGCAAGGGCUCUGGGAAGGAUGGGUUACAUAAUGGCCCAAGAAAACGAUUUUGGUAGAUAUAUGAACUGGAUGUUUUCAAAAAUGGAGACAGAAUCAGACGAAAUACGUUUUCUUUUUAUGAAGGCGUGUCAUGAAACCCUGGAGUUUGACCGCAAUAAGCCUGUUUUAGAAAAUUACGCCGAAAAUUUCAUUACAGAGUUUGUCUUGGCACUUGAAAAUACAGAGAAUUCUGAAAUAUUCAAGGCAAUUUUAGAAAUUUUAAUUGAUUUGGUGGAAUUAUAUCCGGAGCAUUUUUACUCGCAAUUUCGAGAUACAGCCGAUCUAUUAUUUGGCUGGCACGUAGACCACACACAACACUUGUCGACCAUAGAAUUCAUAUCUGAUAUGUUGCAGCAUAUAGGCAAGCACUUCCAGUUGAAUUUAGAUUUUUCAGUCAGCUUAAUUUGGAAUUUUGUGGAAGAUAUAGGUACAUAUGCCAGUCAAUUGAAAGAACGAGAUCCCAAUGACGGAAUAGAAAUAAACUGCAUCGAACAUUUAACUGUAUCUGUACUUGCAUUCAAUACAGUACUGAAAUGUUUAGAAGAUGCUUUUCAUCCGAACAAUAACGAACUGGUGUCCGUGAAGGCAGUAUCGGAUUGUUUAAAUCGUAUAUUAAAUACCCUUUCAGGUGUGUUAGAGUUAACUGUGUCUGACAAUUUGAUAAUUGCUGCAAAUGAGAGCAUAUCAAUUCUAACAGCAGUUCUUGGAACAAAAGCAGGCACUUCAAAUAAUUGUUUAUACUCCCUAAUUGACACUGAACUGUCUUUAAUUCGUAAAUUUAGCGACUCUACAGUUAUUUCAAUGUUGUCCAUGAUAGCAACUAUAAUUAGAGAGCUAUCUGCCAACCUACCUCAAGAAUUAAUUCACAAAUUGAUCGGACCGAAUGCGGAAGUCAGAAAGCUGCGUACUUCACAUUCUCAACUGAUACAAAAUAACACGGUUUGUCUGUAUCAGGCUUUACUUAAUUUAAAAAAUAUCCCACUACUCCAAGAGGCUUACAGAUGUGUUUUAGGUGACUUGGAACUCAGCGUUAAAAAGAUCGUUCCCGAAAUAUCGCCCUUUUGUUUUAAUAGUCUAUUUGAAGAAGGAAAAGAUGAACUGAAUGAAGAUGCAGAACUUAGUAUAUUAUUCUUUCUUAAUUGUUUGUCGCAACUUGCAACCUCCAGCGGAUCGAUAAUAGGACUGUGGGCCUUAAAACCCAGCAUAUUGGAAUUGUUAGGAGUUUUACUGAAACCUGACCACCCAGGGUUGAUUAAGAACGCUCCCACAUUGCACCAUUGCAUCUUGUACCUCCUCUAUUUGCAUUCUAAAUGUUACAAUCAUUUUAUAUCAAGCAGUAGUCUAGUUACCAACAGUCAAGUAAACGCCAGUGUAAUGGGACGAUUGUUAGUUGGCGAAAAUCUGAAUAUAAAUGACGUAACUACGAAAUCGCCAAACAGUGGGAAUUUUGCUGUUAUAUUAAACGUACUACAUAAUAAUUUGAAUGUCAAGACAAGUUCAGAAACAGACAUGCUAUUACUGCAAUGGUUACACGAUAUUCUUAUCAAUUCGGAACGCUAUCUCGAAAUACUUUAUUGUAGCGAGGAAUUCGUAAAAGUCGCUAACGUUUUGGUCAAGUGUGGCCACAGUUUCGACGAAAAAAUAAUCUUAGCAGUAGCAUCCAAUCUAGAAAAAUUGUUGCACGACAAAAAUCUUUCUUGGAACAAUACUUUUUUGAACGACGUCCAUGAAUUGUGUGUUUUACAAAUGAAUUGUAACAAUCCGAAGAUACGGCAAAGCUACACAAAUUUACUUGCAAAUAUCCCGUGGGACGUUAACGUAAUUCAAAUCAACAAAAUAUAUUCGCUAGAAGAAUCCAAGAGAAGAUGCAGCAACUUAUCCGAAAAUAAUAAUUAUGUUGUUACGCUGGCACAACACCUUCACCAGUCGGGAUCUAUAUUCGGAGAAAUGGCACCGCUCCACUUCAAGACUUUCAUGAAGUUUUUAUUAAAGAAUGAAAAAAAAGAAGACAGUAAUUGGUUGGAGGACAUAUUCGUUUGUUGUUGGCCAUUAGAGUCUGACUGUUCCGUCAACAUGGAAGAGUUCCAAACUUUAGCCCUGACCUCCAGGAUCGUAUUACAAAAUUGGGCCACAUGGGAAGCUGCACAACUUUGCAUCAACUCGAAAUUGAGAACAACCUUAGGAAAACCAACAGAAACGUUCACAAGCAUAGAAAGUUGCCUAAAAUAUAUAGCCAGAGAUAUAAUACAUAGGAAGGGGGAAUCAGAAUCGUUUAAAAUCAGCCAGGAGCAAGUAAGAAUGCUUUUGCAGUUUAUGGAACAUUUGGAGAAAUCUAUUUACAACGCGUACGAAGGUUGUGCGGUUGCUAUGCCUCAACCGAUAAAAACUGUUCGCACCUUUUUCCAUACAAACGCAUCCACAUGCAAGGAAUGGCUUGCCAGGAUACGUCUCGUGAUGAUACACAUUGCCGUGCACAUCGGAGAGUCCGCAAUAGCUUUACGUCACGGCCAAGCUCUGCUCGAAGACUUGGUGAAAAAUAAAAAAACGAAAACUUCUGAGUUUGACAGGGCAGUUCUGUUUACAACACUGAGUCUUUUGAAUUUACGAGAAACCGAGACGCUUUACGGCCUAUAUGUAUGGUGUAAAAACGUGGCCCAUAAGAAGUUCGCGUGGAUUAAGUGCGCUGCCGAACAGUCCAGUAAGAAGUUCGAAAUGGCUGCAGAAAACUACGAAAAAGUUUUUCUAGAAUUAAAAAAGGAAAACGAUGACACCGUCGAAAGUUCAGAAGAGCAACCUCCAGGUGAAUCCAAGACAAUGAAUUUUAAUCUUCAGAUGCAACAUUUUGUAGCCGAUCAAAUAAUUAAUUGCUAUAAAGAGUUGAACGAUUGGGAAAAUAUUGUGGAAUGCUUUAAAGAUAAGGAUUUACUUCAGAUGCAAAACUAUUCGAAUUUUCAGUAUUCCUUCAGAACCGUAAUUCCUGAGUGUGCCGAAACUAUUUUUAAAUACGAGUCGAAUAUACACGCAUUCGAUGAAUUAAUUGAUUGGAAACUAAAAACUGAAGACUGUUGGAGUUUGUACGACAUACUCAAAAAGACCGAAAAUGAAUUGUACGAAGUUGCAUUUAACGUAUUGUCCUCAAAAACGGACGACUUAAUUAUUAAAGUUGAUCAAAACUUGCUCGAAAUCCAGAAUACGAUACAAAACAGUCUUGUAAUGCUGCCUUCAGAGUUUUUACAGACAUUCAAUCUAAUGCAGUAUAUAGCAAAUGGCUUAAAGAAUAUACUAAACAGUACUCCGACGAACACUGUCUUCUUAGUUUCAGAAAACUUUGAAAAAGACCUGGAGAAGAUCGAUUCGACUGUUUUAACGAAAAUACUGUGGUGGUCAGAAUUUUUUGCAAAAACCCAAGAUCAGGGAUUUUCUGCGUUCUGCAGUAACUUACGUUUGGAUAUUAUAAACAAAUCACGUAAAGAGAGAAAUCUUAAAGCUGCCUCUUUGCACAUAAAUAAAUUUCUAGAGCAAAAGGAAUUUCUUGUGGACGAACAUACCAACAGCAGUACAACUCCACUUCAAAAUAUCGCCAGCAUGUUAAUUCAAAAGAGUCCCGAAGUAGGGCUGUGGAGUCUAGACUUGGCAAAAGUUGCUAAAGAAAUAAUUAAACUACUUUAUUUAGUUAAUGACAAACAGUUAACAUUCAACUUAUGUGCAGCAGUUUCGACGGGAAUAUUUAAGAAUGCAGAACUUUUCGGAGGAAAAGAAAUGAGAGAAAUAAGCAGUCGAAUUCUUUUGAAGUUGGCAUCAUGGUUGCAACAAAAUGAAAAUGCCUGUCUGACCGACAUCACCAGUCCUUUGAGCAACUUUCUCAUGGUCCUGCCCGAGAUAAACGUAGUCGAAAAUGUCGGCGUAAAUAUCAUACCUUCUCAUGAACUGGCAGUUGGAAAAAUAUUGCAUUUUAGCGUCCAUCAAUGCGCAACUCUGGCCAAAACAUGGAACGCUUUUGGUACAUGGUGCUAUCGUUGGGGACGUAAAGUUGUGGACCACAGUUCCGACCUGAGUAAUUUAUUAACCGAAGACGACAAGCUGUCCAUUCAGCAAAUCCUGCCCCCUGAAACGAAACAAGAGGAUUUAGCCAGAGUACUUAACGUAUUAUCGCAGACUUAUGCGAGAGACGAAGAUGAUAUAGACUCAAGAGAAAUAAACAUUACUGAAAUUAUACAGACACAAUUAGAAGAUAUUCCUGCAUUGUUUAAUGCUGACGAAAAACAAAUGCAAACGUUGGUUUUUAUGUGGAAAAACGCCCAAAAACGCAUCUAUGCCUACUAUGAACUAAGCGCUCAGGCAUACUUUAAGUAUUUACAAUUGGCCACUACAUCAGGCAGUGCAGACGGCAACCGCUUAGAGUCGAAUAUUAUCACAGCAACUCUUCGACUUCUAAGGUUGAUCGUGAAACACGCCUUAGAACUUCAGAACGUUCUUGAAAACGGCCUGGCAUCAACCCCUACGUAUCCCUGGAAGGCCAUCAUACCGCAACUUUUUUCACGCAUGAACCAUCCCGAGAAUUACGUACGUUUUCGAGUUUCUGAAUUACUUUGCCGUAUCGCCGAAGAUGCUCCCCAUCUCAUCACGUUUCCGGCUGUAGUUGGUGCAGUGGAGGGGGGCGUCAAAUUUGACUUCUCCGAAAUUUCUCUCUCCAAAGACUAUUCUCAAAGUAACGAUAACAAUGAGUACACCGAACUAAACGAUCUAGAAGAUGUUUACGAAAGUGAUACCGACGAUUCAAACAAAACAGUGCUUCAGUCGUGUUUCAAAUCGAUGGUUGAAACUUUGAGCAAACAAGAUCCGGAAACUAUUGCUCAGGUGCAACUGUUUGUCAAAGAAUUGCGACGAAUCACUUUGCUAUGGGACGAACUUUGGCUGGGAACGUUGUUUCAACAUCACAGCGAAAUUAAUAAGCGACAGCAGAUGCUCGAACAGGAAAUAGAGAAAGUAAAUGAAAAUCCAAACCUGGAUAAGCAAGAGAAGAUAUCGUUGAUAACAGAAAAGUACAGAAUUAUAGUUAAACCGAUAGUAUUUAUUUUGGAGCAGCUUUACGCAGUGACCAGUACCGAACCUGAAACACCUCACGAAAAGAACUUCCAAGAUCAAUAUCUACCACUUAUAGAAAAAGUGAUGGAGCAGUUGAAAAAACCGGAAAACCCAGAGAAAGUCCAAGAAUGUUGGCAACCGCUGAGAAUGCUCCAGACCAAGUUCCAGCAGAAAACUCACAAAAGAACGUCAUACACCUUAAAAAUGCAAGACAUAAGCCCCACCCUGGCAGGAAUGAAAGACACAGUUAUCGCCAUGCCGGGCAUAGAAUCGGUCUCUAAAGGCAGAAUAACGAUCGUAGGUCUCUCAAAUCACGUCUCCAUCUUACCGACCAAAACUAAACCCAAGAAACUAAUGUUUUAUGGCUCCGAUGGACAGACGUACACUUACCUUUUCAAAGGACUGGAAGAUCUUCAUCUUGACGAAAGGAUAAUGCAGUUCCUUUCAAUCACGAAUACCAUGAUGCAGGAGAUCACAAACGGUUCUGACCGUGACCUCUACCGCGCCCGUCACUAUUCCGUUAUCCCGUUGGGACCAAGAAGUGGUCUGAUUAGCUGGGUCGACGGGAAGACUCCUGUUUUUGCUCUGUAUAAACGUUGGCAGCAGAGGGAGGCGACUAAACCAGUGUCGAAAUCUAGCUCCACUGCAAACAGCGUUAUUCAAAGGCCCUCCGAACUUUUCUACAACAAACUCAAUCCCCUUCUGCAAGACUACGGGGUCAAGAAUUUGGAAAACAGAAAGGAAUGGCCCCUGUCUAUAUUAAAACAAGUCCUAGUUGAAUUAAUGAACGAAACGCCCAGCGAUUUGCUAGCGAAAGAACUAUGGUGUAACGCAAUAAAUGCGGGCGUGUGGUGGCAAGUGGUGCGAAAAUAUUCGUAUUCUAUUGCGGUAAUGAGUAUUAUCGGUUAUAUAAUCGGAUUAGGAGACAGACACUUGGAUAACGUACUUGUCGACCUGUCCAGUGGCGAAGUGGUUCAUAUAGACUACAACGUGUGCUUUGAGAAAGGAAAGACUCUGCGAGUGCCCGAAAAGGUGCCCUUUCGACUUACACCCAACAUUAGAGAAGCUCUGGGAGUUACAGGAGUUGAGGGAAUAUUUAGACUAGCAUGUGAAAACGUGCUGAAGACAAUGAAGAAGGGAAAAGAAACGUUGUUAACAUUGCUGGAAGCUUUCGUAUACGACCCCCUGAUAGACUGGACUGUUGGCGGAGAGGGUUUAGCCGGAACAGCUUUCAGAGGAGUCGCCGGGAAUUCCCUAACUAAACAAAGUCGCAAAGAUAUGGAAAAAGAAGUAACGAUUUCAAUGUUUCAUGUCAGAUGUACUGAACUUCAAGUAGAUUGGAAAGAAAACAGGGAUGCCAUCGUCGAGGGGAUUCCGAAACUAAUGGAAAAAUUAAAAGCGUGGCUUUCAGUUUACGAAAAAACAUCGCAAGCUGAGGACACCCUACAGGACCUCCAUCAACAGAUGGCUCUGGUGAAAGAGGCGGAGGCGUAUGGCACUUUACAUUCACUUUACAGCCUACCGUCACGUUACGAGGCCUAUUGCAAAACGAAGAACGCAAUAAAUAACGCCAAAAAAGAACUGGAAAGCUUGAUGCUAGAAUGCGAAACGAUUAUCAACGCCUAUGCGGAAGCGGUCAAGAUGCUGGAGAUGAAUCAGUGCACGAAAUGGUUCGUUCAACAAAGUUCUGCCAUUGCCGAGAACGACGUAUUCGAAUUAGUAAGGGACUUCUUGCUGAAAGCCGGUCAAAUGAACACAAUACUUCAGUGUGAGCAGUCCGAGGCCAGCGUCAGCCAAUUAAGGCAGAAACAGAAGAUCGUGGCCCUGAAAAGUAUAAACAUGCUGAAGGAGUAUUUCGACGUAUUGUCCCAUAUGCCACUCUCCUACCAAGAAAAUCAUACAAUCGGUUAUAUUCUCCACUGGUGCAAAUCCCUCCUGGAAAUGAAAAGCGUUGAUUUUGAGGAUGUUGUAUUUCAACAGUUUCGCACCUACUUUGAUAAUAUGAAGACCAGUAGUCAGCCCGUUCAAUACGUGGCCGAAUUCUCUCACAUGCUCCGCGUUCUUUAUAACGAGUCUGCUGCUCAAGUGUCCCAAGUUUACGAAGAAUAUCGCAAACACCGGGUCCAAGACGCUAAUAACAACGUGGAGAAGGUAUACAACGAGUCAAAACUAGCUGUCGCGUCGUUUCUUAGACGAGAAUCGGCCGCUUAUAAUGCAUUUGAAUUUAUUAUCGUCACAGAACUAUUAAAUCUGAACCAGAAUUAUUUAAACUAUGAAACGGCCGCUUCAAGGGGAGCCGAUUUUCUUCUGAAAAUUGCCUCCAGAUAUGGAGACUGGUUUUUGGACGAUUUGACGUGGUUUAAUAACAAGGCGAUGGAGUUUGUCAGUUAUCUAUUCGUACAGCAGAAUUCUCAUCUUCAAGAAGAGCCGUUUGUCCAAACCAUCACUGUACUUAAAGGUACCAAUUUCGUAUACAAAGGUUUGCAGGAAUUGUACUUCAGUUUCCAUACAAUCAUUCUACCGGAAAGCGUAAAGAAAAUACAGAAAGAGGAGCCGAGCGUAAUGGGAAUGAUCCGGGAUUUAAAAAAAUUGAUUAUGAGUGCCGGUACCAGUCUCCAAGAUCUGGUUAUUCAGCUGGAGAAGUGCCUCGCGUGCACCGUAAUGGAAAUGGAUACUACGGCGUCUUUCGUAACAACUCAUAAAAUCGUGUCCGAUCUAAAAUUUCACUUUGCGUCUUUUCUACAACCGCAAUCGGAGGAACUAAGUCAUGGAAUGAUGCUUCUAAUGGGUUUCAACGGUUUAUUCGAAAAAUUGUCACUCGAAUUCGACACCUUAAUCGGAUCGAUCACCUCUUUAGACAUUCCACCCUGUUGGAAAAAAUUAGAUCAAGUACGUGAUGCGAAAUGUAUAGCCGCUCCCAUUUAUAACGAACGUUGUAAAGCAAUAUUGGACGACAUAUUCCUAUUGAAACGUUUACAAGCAAUGUCAGACUUCUUCGACCUCUGCGUCGAUGCGGCCGCUUCGUUUAAAGGACUUACUCCCCCAGUCGCGUUUGAUGACGAAAAAAUGGACAAACCGAUUAAAAGAUUCGUGGCCGACUUUAUAACGCGUCAAUUUUUAGGCGUCACGACCGAAAAUAUUGUUUAUGUAAUAUGUUUUUUGCUGGAACAUAUGGGACUGAACAUUACCAACGAAAUCGAGCAGAAAGACGUAGGGGCCGAGAAUAAGGUACCUCUGGAAGAACUCCUCAGAAAGGGCUACGGAGUAUUUAUGAAACAAGGACUAUUUAAUCAAAACGUUAUCGCUCAAGCAUCAAGCUUGGAAACGAACAUGAAAUCUUCCUGGGAAAAUACCCAAAAACCUAAACAACUGGACCAGAAGUUGUCUCUUUGGCAGUCGACAGUAGAAAGGAUCAAGCACCAACUUAUGGCACACAGUUGGCUUCACGAAGACAUCUUGGUCCACAGAACGCCUGCCAAUGAAUUUCAAACAACUUUACGAAGCACUUUUCUUCACGAGAUGACCGAAUACAUGAAAGAAUUAGGUACAAUUCAUGCUCAUCUUAAAGAAAACUUGGACACUCAAAAGAACUUGAUAUCAAGCAUUAUGCAACGUUUAACUUGGGCUGCAGGUGCCAAUCCCGACUUGAGCGGUGUUCUAACCGCCUUCGAAGCCUCCGUCAGUGCUCGAGAGAACGAUUUCAAAUUGGAAGAGACCACCACGGCCCUCAUACUUAAAACCACAAAUGGCGUAAUUCAAUACGAAAUGCUUCGUCUGGAGCCGCCAGAUAGCAACGUCUACUGCAUGAGAUUCUUAAAGGGAUGUGUACAAUGGAAAGAAGCCUGUCCUCUUGUAAAUUCGGAAGUGGACGCGGUGUCGACAAUAGAAGAGAACAUAAUGAAACUUUACACAAACGAAAUGGCAGGCACGCCUAAUUGGAUUCCGUUGUUAUCCGAAAAAAUAUCUCAAAUUAUAACUCAAACCCAAAAAGAAUUGACGAACCUUAAGGAGGAGACGUUUUUCGCAUCCCAUGACGUCGUCGCGGACCUCGACCGAGUUAAAAAUUCUUACAUGAGACAUUGCAAACUAAUGGGCGAGUUUAAAAAUCUAAUCAAGUCUCUUACUCGUGUUGAAGAGUGUGCAUCUGAUGCCCAGUUGUUCAUCGUUGAAUAUAAAAAGUACGCCGAGCAUUUCGGACCUUUGCUUCAUAAGUUAAAGAAGGAACUGACAAAAGAAGAUGUUCAGGACGCAGUUGUGGGAUUGGAGCGUAUAUUGAAUAGGACCGAGGCGAUUUACAACGGACUAUUGGAGUUGGAAAAGUGCCCUGACAAAGGCGAGACAUUUAGGACGUUAAUGAAAACGGACGAAGAAGAAAAUGGUCUGUUGUUGAAGGCUCAACAGAAAGAAAACGGAUCGAGGGCGGGACAUCAGCGCAAUUCGUAUGCCAUAGGAGUCUGGAAACGGGUCAGGAUGAAGCUCGAAGGAAGAGAUCCGGAUCCCGGCAGAAAGGUGACUGUACAAGAGCAGGUGGAUUAUGUAAUAAACGAAGCUACGAACCUCGACAACUUGGCCUUGCUGUACGAAGGCUGGACGCCGUGGGUGUGAAAGGGUCAGAACCUGACGGCAGCGGUCGUCCUGCCUGGAUCCUCUUCUUCGUAAACCAACAACAAAAAAAAAUAUUCGGCGACGGUCAAUCAUUGUUGCUGCCUGUGAGCGCUUGAAACAACAAACAAAAUAUUAAAAAAAAAAACAGCAAGCAGGGGCAACAAACAGCGGUCGCGCAAUGCAAAAUAAACAAAUAAUUAAAAAUACACGCGUAAGGUAAUAGCAGGUCCGGGACUUGCGUCCCUUUCCACAAAACCCCGUGUUUUUGUGGCGUGCGCGUUCCCGGGGAAUCGCGGGUCGACUUGUAUUUCAUUGGCCUCGUAAAAACAACAAGCAAGAAUAAAAAAAAACGUU